GAUUUGCAGGACUGGCAAGCCUGCGGUGCCAGCUCGACGCUCGAGUCACCGCCCGGGGUUUGCAUGCUCAGGGCUCGCCGAGGGGGUCUGGACAUCGCCGGAACGUGUCGGCCGGUAUGCUCGGACAUGGAGGCGGAAGGAUGCGAGCGAGACAGCGGGGAAGCUCCGCUGCUGAUGCGGCCGCAAUCCCCGCAAAAUGGCGGCCGCCUCUUCGGCCGCUGCAGCGGCUUGGUAAUCCAGCACCAUGAUGGCCACACCAUUGACUGAAUUACAACAAGAGCACACUCCAUGGUGGGGAGGCCCCUCUGAGAUCUAUAAGUGCGUGCUCAAAAGCCUUUUUCUGUCAACGCAAUGGAAUAUCACCUCCAGAGAGUUUCUAAAUUAUCUUGUCUUCCCUUCUCACGACAAUCCCGUCCUCCCUUAGCCUGGUCCCAACGAGCUGCACGAAAAUGGGAUCUUCGAGUCGAUACGCUGCCGCACAUCUCGACCCUCAAGGCGCCGGGGACGCCCGGCCAACUGCUCUCCAGAUCAUCCAAGACGAGAGUGUCGAGGGGAAGCUGGCCGGCAAGGUGAUUGUCAUCGCCGGAGCCACGUCCGGCAUCGGCCUUGAGACCGCCCGCGCCUUGAAAGCUACAGGAGCCACGCUGUUGCUCACAGCCCGGAACCUGGCCAAGGCUCACAAGAACCUGGCCGGCAUCCUCGAGCCCGGCGUUGUCUCGCUGGUGGAGAUGGAUCUCGACUCCUUCAGGAGCAUCCGCACCGGUGCCGAGCGAAUCCUUUCCACCACGAAGGGCCAGGUGAACAUCCUCAUCAACAGCGCCGGGGUCAUGGGCCUGCAGAGCCGCACGCUCACCGAGGACGGAAUCGAGGCGCACUUCUCGAGCAACUACCUCGGCUUCUUCCUGCUGUUCCAGCUGCUCAAGCGCGCCCUGCUGGCGAGCGCGACGCCGGCCUUCCAUUCCCGCGUGGUCGUCGUGUCCUCGUCGGCCCACCGCGCCGCCGCCGCCCUCCCCGCCAGCGACAACUACAACUUCGAAAAGGGCGGCUACAGCCACGAGGCGGCCUACAACAACGCCAAGCUGGCGGCCGUGUACCUGGCCAACAAGAUCGAGCGCGAGUACGGCGCGCAGGGGCUGCACGCGACCAGCCUGCACCCGGGCGCCAUCCACACCGACAUCGGGCGCCACAUGCCGCCCGAGUUCGUGCAGGGGCUCAUGAGCGACCCGGGCAUUCGCAAGAUCCUGAAGUCGGCGGAGCAGGGUGCCGCGACGACGGUUUGGGCGGCCGUGGGGAAGGAGUGGGAGGGCAAGGGCGGCAGGUAUUUGGAGGACGUCAAGGAGGCGGAGCGCGGAGAGGACGAUGGGCAGGCCUUCGGAGUGGGAUGGGUGAAGCAGACUUACGAUGCGGAGGAGGAAGACCGCCUGUGGAGAGACUCGCUUCGCAUGGUUGGCCUCGAGGGCGAGGCUUGAAUAUUGCCUCCGGCAACGAGCGAAGAUAUCUGUACCCUUUCAAAAGCGGUAUGCUUUGGGUGGAAAACGCGGCUGAAAGAUUGUAGAAGUAAGAGAGUAUUUCGAUAUGCCGCUCUGGUUUGGAGAGUUUCCGGCGGUGCCGCAGAUUGUACCAAGAUAGCCACGCCACACUGCUGAAAGGCCAGGGUUUUUCUGGACUGAUAACGUUGUGUCUUACUGGAGCUAGAAAACAGAGAAAAGUGCUUUCAACAACGAGCCUAAUCAGCCAAUGCCUGCGAGGGAUACGGCUCAGUUAUGGAUCUUCGUGUGACGAGGCCGAUUUUUUGGGCGGCUCUUCUCGGGCUCCAACAUCCCAGCGUAUCC